UAUGGAUUUAUGUCAACGUGGAUAUAAUAGUUGUUGUAUAUAUAAGGAUUGACUUUCUUUGGCUUCUCUUCUUUCUUUAAUGACUUUAUUCAAACGAUUCAAGCGUAGUUUUAGUUCAAAGGCUAUGAAACAGCCAUUUAUUACUCGACUUCCUGAAGAGCUCUUAGUUGGCAUUUAUCAACACUUGGAUAGUCCUCAAUGCAGAAGAGCAUUCGCUUUGACCUGUAAGUCAUUCAGGCGUAUUGCUCAACAACCGAGCUCAGUGGCUGCCUGGAUGAUCACACGCUUUGGUCCACGGUUCGCCAUCUAUUAUACUAUUCUUACUAUACCUGAACAAUGUGAUCAUCGUUUCCUUCAGUACCUAUUUAAUGCCGGUGCAAAGGUGCCUCCUUGUUUAAUCCAACGCCUCAUUCAGACCUAUGGGAAACAAGAAUAUACACAAAAGAGAGAACGCCGAUCAUCCAUCCCCUAUGACAGAUCUACCUUGUCUAUUCAACAUAUACCAUUUGAUGGCUAUGCUGCACUUAUCACUCACUCACUUAAACCUGUCGACGUCCAAGGCAACAUCCUCAAAGACUUUUUCACUUCAUUUUCUCAGGGCACAUCACAAUGGAAAAAAGAAUUAGAAGAAGGCUAUUUUUUCCCCAUCAUCACUAAUAUCGCAGAUAACUUACGACCUAUCAUCAAGUUGGCUCAAGUAUACCCCAAAGAGUAUCAAAAGAUCGCUCCUUUAUUCCAGUUUGACCCUAUCGCUCGAGCUUCCCUCUGGCAGGCAGUGUUGAGCGUUCUCUUUGAUGAAGCCUUUCGUACCAGUGAACUUACAGGGGACAGAAAGUAUCAACUCAAGACAAUUCAGAAUAUGAUAGGUCAACCUGUGCAGCUGGUAGGCACAUGGUCAGAACAGGCCAUCUUUCUUCGUGUCUUUGGUGAUUUCUUUACCAAGUACCCAAGAGGUUAUUGUGAUGAACAUGCCAUGAUGCGUCUACUUGAACUUCUCACUGUCUAUGCUCAACCCCGCUCUUUUACAAUCAAACAAGCACUGCGUGUGAUUAAAAAUGACGACGACAUGAGAACGGAUAUCAAGGAUACCGUGGAUAAAUUUCUAUGUAGACCAUAGUUUGUACUACAUCAAUCCAUGUAAAAAUAAUAAACCCAUUUAUUCUUCGUCAUCAACAGCAUCCACAACUAAGGUGGCACUUGGCCAUAAGUUUGGAAUAUUAGACAAUGUCUGAUGCUCGUCAGCCUCAUACUCCUUUCGAGGGUAAGGGCUAUGAAUCGUAAACUUGUAUUGAUGGACAUAGUCUUCAGGAGCAAACUCACAAGGCUCUACUGGUUCGUUUGAUUUCAGUAAUGGGUAAACU